GCAAGAUUUCAAUACCGUUCGUAAUAAUUACGGUCGACGUUCAUACGGCAUUUCUCGCAUUUCCAUGAAUGCUAAUAAUUUUUAAAAACACAUAUAUUGGCAAUUAUCAUUACGUCAUGGUGAUUCUCUGCAGGCUGAUAAUCUCCUUUAAAAGGCUCCUAUGAGAAGAGAUACGAACAAUAAUUUCGUUGAAGUGAUAAAAGUGCAAUUUGUGACUAAAUGAAGACUAUCAACGAUGAUGUCAUACAAUUAUCGUAACUUUUUUAACGUCCGACCUUGUCAGCUGGUAAAAUCAUGAUGGAUAGUUUUUGACGGCAAGGUGUAGCGUUUAUUGCAAAGUAUUUCAAUUAUAAGCUAUUCCGUACAGCUGGUUGAAUGUAUCGUUCUCGAGCUCGAGUCUUGUUCGUUCUACAAUAGAUUCUUGUCUCACAAUUGGUUGAACAGAUUUGUAAAAUAGUACGUAAUUAUUGAUCGUUGAACCAUUCGCCUGGAGAAUUGACAAUACCAGCGCAGAGUUUCUCCUUUUCACUCCGAAAUCUAUCAUUCAUCGGGGUGGAUCGACUUCGCUUACAUCAAGAUUCAAUUUUUUAUUGUGUCGAGUUAGCUGGUAAUCAUGAAGAACGUUUUAGCAUUCGUGUGUUGGUGCAUAGUGAUGAACAAAGAAGUUGUAUUCGGUGACACAGUUGAAAAUGAGGCUAAAGUAAAACUGCUGAGUGUCUUGUUCAGGCACGGUGAUCGCACUCCCGACCCAAGCAUAGGUGGAACUUAUCCGAACGAUCCGUAUCAGAAUUACACUUACUUUCCAGUUGGUCUAGGUGGUCUGACGAAUAAAGGAAAAAUGCGCGUUUUUAAACUUGGACAGGCGCUAAGAUUGAAGUACGAUGAGUUCCUAGGUGAUCUCUAUUACCCCGAUGUGCUCGAAGGUCGUAGCACGGAUUACGACCGGACGAAAAUGGCGCUUCAAAUGGUUCUGAACGGUCUUUUUCCUCCAGCACCGAUUCAGCAAUGGAAGGACGGGGUGGACUGGCAACCGAUUCCCACCGUAUACUUUCACGAGGAGGAGGAUUGGGUUCUGCGUUCCGAUCUGUGUCCUAAAUAUAUCGUUGAGUCCAAUCGUUAUCUGAACAGUGCGGAAUUUCGCGAACGCUUAGCCGAGCACAAGAAUCUGACGGAAUUUCUUGAAAAAGUCACCGGCGAAUCGUCGAUGAAUGCCGAUGAUUUGUUUGUACUCCACAGUACUCUUAUCACGCAAUUGCAAAUGGGGCUCGAUAUUCCAGAAUGGGCUACCGAACUUUUAUCAAAUGGUCGACUGGAAGAUGCUGCCAGUCUGAGGCUUGAGGCAUUUAAAGGCAAUGAUGAGCUGAAGAGAUUAUGGGGAGGAAUGUUACUGCGCAAGAUUACCGACGAUUUCCUGAGUUAUCGAAACGGAAGCCUACCGGAUGGCAGAAAAAUUUUCCUUUACUCUGCCCACGAUCUUAACGUCGCUGGUCUCCUGAGUACUCUUGGAGUAUACGAUUCCCGCUUUCCCCAAUAUUCCAGCGCUGUCAUCAUUGAGCUUUUGGAAUACGAGAACGAUUAUUUCGUCAAGGUGAUCUACUAUCUCGGCAUCCCUCCGAAGUUUAUCGUUAUGCAGAUACCAGGGUGUACUCAGCUGUGCCCUUUGGAUAAAUUUCUUUACCAGUUAGAAAACGUCAUUGCAACAGAUGAGGAUAUCAAGUGCAAUUAAUUAAAAGUUCUGCAGUUUCUACUAGCACGUAGUUGUGUAAUUAAUUUACUAGAAUAUUGAACAAACGUAUUUCAAAUAUUAGUUGUUAAAUUAUAAAAAAUGAAGAAAAUGA